UAUCACAGUCUGCAAUUAAACUUGCAAUAGUUCUCCAAACUUGCAUAUAUUUGCUGCAUAACUUGAAACAUUUUGUUGCGUAAUAAAGUAAGUUUGCGCUUAUUAAUUAAUGGCCUGCUUCUGGUGGUUUUGAUCGCAAGUACCGUGGAGAGAAUCUUGCGCAUUGAUGCUACUGCUUGUUAAUGGGGAAGAAGAAAGGCUGUUUCCGUAUAAAGCGAAAUAAAUCAACAGCUAGUCAAAGAUCGCACAAUAACCAGCCGGCUUCGUCAACAGUUGGCGUGGAAAGGGAACCGCAAAGUGAGCAAACCAUCCAGUCAGUAGAAUCCGACCCGGAUUUUAUGAUCCCUCCGAUUACCGUAACCACCGCAAGGAAUCUGCAGUUAGAAACCCUUCCCAAGAUGCGAUCAUUCUUCAACGCGAGCGAUGCUCCAAUUAGCGCAGUGACCGUAUACCUUGAUCGUGCCGAGAUUUCCCGCAUCUUGCGCUUCAAAGCCGAACCGGGAGAAUACGAAGUGGUUAUACAACAAAUCCGUAGUCCCGUUGAUCUAGCUUCGUUAAGAGUGGAAGGUCACGGACCAGCUGUAAUUACCGAUGUGAAUUUAUCCAAUAACUACAUUGAAAAAUCGCAAACCUCAGACACUAAUCAAAAAGAAAAAAGACUGCGUGACGAAUUGCAGCGGCUAAAUGAGCAGAAGUGUAUCGAGGAGUCAGAAGAGGCUAGACUGAAAAAGCAUUUAGAAUUUUGGAAAGAAUGCAUGGAGUCACUUGCUUCGAACGCUUUUGCGGCAAAGAAAAAGACAAUGUCGCCAGCCAUAUCCGACACGGGAAACAGCAUGAUCGAGUUCUUGGGAUUGCAAACAAAUGAGACACGUAAACUGGACGAAAAACUACUUCAACAGCGCCGCGUUUUGAACACGCUGAACGAAAGUAUUGAGACAGCCAAGAAAAAUCUUAACGAAUAUACCAGCACAAGCAGCCAGAAUACAUGGAAUAUUUUAAUAACGCUAAUAGCCGAGGCAAAAGGCGAACUGGAGCUUAAUGUUAAAUACAUUGUGCACAAUGCCAGCUGGAGUCCAAAGUAUGAUGUCAGAGUGGCUUCAGACACAAAGAAAUUGUCGGUCACAUAUUAUGGGCUCAUUUCGCAACGCACAAAUGAAGACUGGUCCGACGUCCAAAUCUGCUUGUCAACGGCUUUGCCGGCAGUUGGUGCUAAUGUUCCGGAGUUGGGAACCAAGCAGCUCUCGUUUGCGUCACCAUACACUAACAGUAUCCCACCACCAGGGAGUAGCAGAUCGAUGUUAAGGGGAGCCGUCAACUUUCUGCACAAGAGAGAAGCCAGUGAGUACUUUGAUGUGGGAGAGGAAAUUGCAGAGCAUGCUGACGGCGUUUCUUGGGCUCGACCUAUGCAUACAGCCGUGGCUAAAGUGGUGCAAGGUUCCGCUAUUACAACCUCAUUCGAAAUAUCUAAAGCGACAACGGUUCCCAGUGAUGGGUCGCAGCAUAAAGUGACCGUGGGAGCGCUGGAGAUGCAACCGCAAAUUCAGUACAAGAUCGUACCAAAGAAGGCAGAACUGGCGUUCCUGGAGGCCAAGGCUGUCAACACCAGUUCCUAUCCGAUUUUACCGGGUCCAGCAAGCAUCUUUUUCGGAGCCAAUUUUGUUGCAACGACGGAUAUAAAAGCAAUCAGUCCGCAGGAAACAUUCUCCUGCUCCUUGGGUGUGGAUCCAGCCGUUAAGGUCAAGUACCGACCUGUGCGUCGUUUCAACGAGCAAAGUGGAAUGCUCAAUAAAACCAAAGUAGUGACUUUUGUGCAAGAAAUUCAGGUGACAAAUACCCGCCCUGAUCCGAUACAUGUUGUAAUUAUGGAACAAGUCCCCCGCAGUACGGAAGAAAAACUUAAGGUCACGUUGAUCGAUCCACCGCUAACGCGUGAGCGCCCUGAAGCAAAAGGACUGGUACUGAAUAACGAAAGCAAUAUCGAGCACACGCUGAGCAUUAAAGAACAUUCAUCCUACACUUGGACGGUUAAACAUCGGCUGGAAUAUCCGUCAGACAAGAAUAUUUACGAAACCGAAGUUAAAAACAGCAGUUCAGAUUAAAACGAAAUGUUUCCGAUUUUUUUAAUACUUUCAGAGUUUUUUUAAUAAAAAACUCUGAAAGCAAAAGCAUAAUUUGUCUAAGUGAGUCCGAAAAUUAGUACUUGUAUCUGUACACACGGUAAAGAUGUUGUAGCAGGGAAAGUAAUAUUACUGUAUAUGCUAAAGCGGAGGGCAACAAUUGUCGCUUGCUUCGUAAUUGUUUAUAGUAAUGGACGCUAUUAAUUGUUUUUUUCCAGUACAAAAUUGAUUUUUAUAAUAAAAUAUCUUUAUCUUCACAUGUAUUUCAAAAUAUAAAAAAAAGAUCAAAUUUUGAUUUUUUUUAUUUUGUUGCAAAAUGUAAGACGGCGAUCAUGAUUUCUGUUAUAUUUCCGCUUGGCUUUACUUGUUCUACAUGCCGUACUAAUUGAUUUAAACAGCAGGUAGGGCUCAGUUAUCAUUUCAUCAAGUGCGCAUGUAGUAGUGCCUUUUAACUGCGCAUUUUCAUUUGAAUAAGCCUUCAAACGGAGAAAUGCACCAUUUCUGUCUGUAUUAAUAAUCAUCUCAUGACUAAAUGUUUUGAAGGGUCUGCAUUAAGGCUUAAGCGUGGUGAUGCAGCUUAUGAAUUUUCCACCCACAAGAUAAUACUCCACCUGCUUUUCUUCGGAUUUAUGGAUCAUUGCUUACGGGUCUUCUAAUCAAGACGAAUGAUUAGGCAUCGUAAGAAUUCCCUGUGGCUUGCCACCCGGGUGACCUUUUCAUGGUAACCGCUGCGAUGUUGCACUACUGUCUCUUCAAAAGCACGUACACCCAUCAUGUGGCUCCGGGCUG